AUGGACCACAUGGACCACAUGGACCACAUGAGUAUGACCAUGGGAACAGCAACGACAUCUGCUCCCAUGAGCACCGGCACCGGAAUGUCGCAUGGCAUGGAAGGCAUGGGUCAUGAUAUGGGGGGAAUGGGAGGUCACAGUUUCCUCGCCGAGUCAUGGCACAUCACGUCGCGCGGGAUGUUCGCAGGCUCCUGUAUCGGAGUAAUCUUACUCGUAAUGACUUUGGAAUUUCUACGUCGAGUCGGUCGAGAAUACGAUGCCUUUAUUGUUCGAAGGGCCCAACUACGAACAAGUCUAUCUUCUCCUCCCGCGGAACAAAUCGCCAACGGAGGAAACACCAGUGGAAGCGACACAGGAAAACCAGGAACAAUAACCACCGUACCAGUGCCCAUUCAAUGCGCCCCGCAUGGAGUCCGACCUACGCCUAUUGAGCAGCUCGUGCGUGCGGCGCUGCAUAUGUUGCAGUUUGCGGUGGCAUACUUCGUCAUGUUGUUGGCUAUGUAUUUCAAUGGAUAUAUUAUUAUUUGUAUCUUUAUCGGUGCGUUUCUGGGAUCUGUGGUGUUUUCCUGGGAGGAGGUGGGAGGUGUUACAUCCAAGAAUGAUGCCACGGCGGUGACCAAAUGUUGUGGGUAA